CCUUCGCGUGGGAAGAACGGAGCCAGCAGCCUCAUGCAGAGAAAGGUCUUGAGGACACCGUAUGGCGUAUUUAGUGUGACUGUGACGUCAAAAUCUCCCAAUCAUGACAACAGACUUUCCCAAAAGCAGAAAGGGAAGAAAAGCAAGCUCAAAAGGGGAGAGAAAUCUCAGAAGCGCGGAAUGAAAGGGGAAACCGUGAACGCGCGGCGGCAUGUCGGGGUGAAAGCCAAGAGCCCGCCGCACUGCCUGGGGAUCACGCCAUCAUCUUCGGAAAAACUGCUCUCGGUGAUGCGGUUAAGUGACCUCUCCACCGAAGAUGACGACUGGGGUCACUGCAAAAUGAACCGUUACGAGCAGAAGAGCGACAGUCUCAUGAACGCGGUUGGCUGUCUCAAGACCGAGAUCAAGAUGCAGAAGGACGAGUGCCAGAUGGCUAAGAGGUUCCUGGAGGAGCGCAAGGAAGAGCUGGAGGAGGUGGCCCAGGAGUUGGCCGAGACGGAGCACGAAAACACCGUGCUGCGGCACAACAUAGAGUGCAUGAAGGAGGAGAAGGACAUCACCCUGCUGCAGAAGAAGCACCUGCAGCAGGAGAAGGAGAGCCUCGUCAACAAGCUGGUGGAGGCGGAGAUGGACGGCGCCGCCGCCGCCCAGCAGGUGAUGGCCUUGAAGGACACCAUCGGCAAGCUCAAGACGGAGAAACAGAUGACCAGCACCGACAUCCACGCCCUCAAGAGGCAGAAGGAGCUUCUCCUCCAGAAGCUGUGCGCUUUCGAGGAGACCAACCGCACCCUCCGAGAACUGCUGAGGGAACAGCACUGCAAAGAAAACCCUGAACGGCUGAUGGAUCACGGAGCGCUCCUGAAACGGCUCGAAGAGGUGGACUCGGAGAAAGCCCAGCUGAUGCUCGCGCUGGAGAGCAAGGACAAGGAGGUGGAAGAGCUCCUGCAGGAGAUCCAGAGCGAGAAGGCGCAAGCCAAGUCGGCCUCGGAGCUCUCCAAGUCCACCGAGUCCAUGCGCGGGCAGCUGCAGGCGCAGCUGCGCAACCGAGAGGCGGAGAACAGCCGCCUGAACAUGCAGAUCAAGAACCUGGAGCGCAGCGGCCACCAGCACCGGGCCGAGGUGGAGGCUAUGAUGGAGCAGCUGAAGGAAGAGAAGAAGAAGGGGGAUCGGGACAAGGAGAUCUUGAAAAAGGUCAUCCUGGCCCAGAAGGAGCGAGCGGAGAAAAGCGAGGAGUAUGCAGAGCAACUGCACGUGCAACUUGCAGACAAAGAUCUCUAUGUCGCGGAAGCUUUAACCACCCUCGAAUCGUGGCGGACCCGCUACAACCAAGUCGUGAAGGACAAGGGCGACCUGGAGCUGGAGAUCGUCGUCCUCAACGACCGCGUGGCGGAUCUGGUCAACCAGCAGAAGACCCUCGAGGAGAAGAUGCGCGAAGAGAGGGACAGCCUGGUGGAGAGGCUCCACCGGCAGACCUCGGAGUACAACGUCUUCAUCCAGGAGAACCAGCGGCUCAAGGCCAGCAUCGUGCCCAAGGAGAACCGGCUCAACGAGGUGCACGUGGAGGUGAUGCAGCUGAAGGCGUCCAUCAAGAACUACCAGGGCAUGAUCGACAACUACAAGUGCCAGGUGUCCCGGGCCAGGAUGGAGGCGGACGAAAUGACGGCCCAGCUAGAGCGCUGCGACAAAGAGAACAAGUACCUCAAAGACGAGAUGAACAAGGAGAUCGAAGCGGCGCGCAAGCAGUUCCAGUCCCAGCUGGCCGAGCUGCAGCAGCCGCCCGACAUCCUCAAGUUCGCCGAGGCCAAGCUGGCCGAGUGCCAAAACCAGCUGCAAGACUACGAGAAGAAGAACGUGGAUCUCACGGCCCUCAUAUCCCGGCUGCGGAGCCAGGUACGGGACUGGCAGGAGGGCUCGGUGGAACCCUCGGGAGCGCGCGUACCAAGAUGA